CGUCAGGAGCCGCAGCUAAGCGGGGCUUCCUGGAGUGGCAGGGAGGGCGGUAUCGCGACCCGGGUGCUACACUCAACGAGUGAAGCCCAGUUUCGAGGUGCACAAGAGUGAGGAAGGCGGUGCUUUCGAGCCCGGGAUUCCUCUGGAGAGAAACUGGCGUGCGCUCCGGUUGCGUCGCAGGGCCUGCCACAGAGCCCCUACCCUGCAGCCUCAGCAGAGGCUCAAAGGCCCACGGAGCGGAAAGGUCGGUCAGUCGGGGACCUGGCGUCGAGGACAGUCAGCACCGCGGACGCUGCACACCAGAGGAAGACAGAGUCCGCCGGAACCGCAAGCUGCCUGUUCCCGUAGGCCGAGGUGGCGCGAAGGCCCCAUCCCGGGCCAGCGACAGCCCGUCGUACCGCGCUCCUCGUGGUUUGGAGAAGACCCCUACCUCCCCCAAACUCGAGAUCCCACAAUCGUGCAGCAACUCAGACUGCGCCCCACUUGAAGAACGAUCCCGGAAGUCAGAAAAGUUGGUAUUGGGGCGAAAUGAAGUGUACCACCCACUCAAGCAAGUAGGGUACAUCAGUCAGACGCAAAUGACAUGUUUUCAGCACUUUUUGAAUUUUCAAAGAAACGAGUGUUACAUGUAGACACAUGUGGCCCCCUUGCCCGGAUGUUUGAACUACAGCAGGAGCCAGCUACCUGCAGGUUGGAUGUGGAUGGACCCAGCCUGGGAUGGAUCCCAGGGGCCUCGGCCAGGCACAGCUAGUAUCCGGGUACGAGAGCUGAGCUGGCAGGGCCUAAACAACCCCUGCCCACAAAACAAGAGACUGGGCAGCCAUGGGGAUAUCCACAGGGAACAGCGGGUGGACGAGCACCUAACCCCUGCUCGGCUGCAGGCCCUGGCCCAGGUAGAUGACCUCCAACUGGUGAGGGUGCUGGAGAUGUGUGUGGACACCCGUAAGAACAGCCUGGGGAACUUCGGAAUGCACCUCCCUAACCUGAUCCAACUGAAGCUGAACCACAGCUGCCUGGGCUCCCUCAGAGACCUGGGCACUUCUCUGGGCCACCUGCAGGUGCUGUGGCUAGCCCGCUGUGGCCUGACUGACUUGGAUGGCAUUGGCUCCUUCUUGGCACUGAAGGAACUUUAUGUCUCCUACAACAACAUCUCGGACCUGAGCCCACUGUGCCUGCUGGAGCAGCUGGAGGUGCUGGACCUUGAGGGCAACAAUGUGGAGGACCUGGGGCAGAUGCGGUACCUGCAGCUAUGCCCACGGUUGGCCACGCUCACACUGGAGGGGAAUCUGGUGUGCUUGAAGCCAGACGCUGGCCCUUCUAAGGCACCCCAGGACUACAACUACAGGGAAGAGGUAAAGAAGCUCAUCCCCCAGCUCCACAUCCUAGAUGAGAUACCUACCACGUGCACCAACCUGCCUGCUUCCCAGAAGCUGAACCAGGACUGGCUGAUGGUGAAGGAGGCUAUCAAGGAUGGCAGCGUGCUUGACAUUCUGCUCCCUCGGCUGGAUUGUCCCCAUGGAGCCACCAUUCGGAAACUUGACCCAACCUUGCCUAUGCCUGAGACCAAGCCAUGGGCCUUGUCCCUACUGGUUCCUGAGGGACCCUUGCCUGAAGGUCUGCUUUCUGAGAACCCAACUACAGAAGACCAUGCCAGCAGCCUCACCCAUGGUCCAGGUCAAGUUCUCUGUGGGAACCCCACCAAAGGCCUGCGGGAACGUAGACACCAGUACCAGGAAUGGGCACCCCUGGAGCAGCUGCCCCCACAUAAGCCAGAUCUGACUAUCAGCCCCUUCACCCCAAGGCCUGACCCUGCAGAAAGCUGUGAGCUGGCCAUGACUGGGCUUCGGGCCUGGAGGGAUCCUGGCCUGCGUCCCCUCUUCCACAGACAGCUGGAGUUCCAGCCUGAAACACCCGCUCAGGUCACAGCCCAGGACCCACAGAAGGCUUCUGAAGAACAGGAAGACCAAACUGGGACCAAGACUUCGCUAACCUCCCCACGCCUGGCCUCAGAAUUUUCCUGGACAUCAGGCUUUCACCUGAUCCCUUCUCCCCCAAAGUACCCAAUGCCACCUGAGUCAGGCGUCAGCUCCUCAGGGAGAUCUGCAGACCUGCCCUUCAGAGGACGCAGGCUUAGAGUCCUGGGCAGCUUGGGGCCUAGCCUGGGUGAGGGCUCUGUCUUGGGUGAGAGGUUGGCUGCAGUGACUGCCCUGAGAGCCCUGGAGGUGUCCUCAGGCCCCAGCCAUCGAGCCCAAGGAUGUUCAGACCCAAAGCCAGCACUGGGUCCAGCAGCUUGCCCUCCAGGCCUCCCCUACCUUCAUCACCUGAACCCUAUUUCCCCUGCUCAUUCUCUCCCUUAGUGUAAACCCUCCCUUGCUGAGAUCUCUUGGCCUUGGUGGGGCCAAGGCUGAAGUGGCUAGAGAUGGGCCUGGGUUCUUUAGAUGUCCCAGGACUCUGGGUCACCUAUGUGUCCCAAGUUCUGAGCCUGUUUAUCCUAGGCCUCUGAAGGGCAAAACCAUCCUGGGUAGAUUUUCAGGUUUCCCCACGUGGAGCAGUUCCUUUCUCUUGGGACACCAUAUACCCUCUCUAAAAGCCAAGCAAAUCACUUCGACUCUCAGGUGUGCUGAAAUGUGCUUUACUUUUUAAGCAACCAUUAGUUCAAUAAAUUAUGCAGCUGGCACUGCC